UAGAUUCAUUGACGUGAUCGCGAGAGGAAACCACGUCGUUCUUGACUGGAAGCCACCACCUCCUAAUAGCCGCCGCCAUAGUGUACUGGUUUCAUUGCUGUCCCACAAUGGGAACGGCCACGACGACGGUAAUUGGUUGUUGCUCGCUGCUGAUCGCGUUGAUCAUUGCGCAAGCGGAUCGGUGUCAUGGAGCACCCGUAGAUGAGGAAGGCGUCCGAUCGCAUGACGAUAUCCGAAUCGUUCGGCUGAUCCAUUACCUGAGCUAUCUGAUUGACUACUUGGUGCGGAAUUAUAUAACCGAUUGGGCGUUGACCAGUCCGAAGGAGGCGUCCGACUAUUUCGAGGGGGCGUUAGUUGCCGGAAAACAGGACGAACCGCGGGUGGAUGGAUCGAAACAGCCGUACAAGCCGGACGCAGCAAAGGCGGAACGCACUGUGAAUGUGGUUGAGUCGAUAAGUAAGAGUAAGAAGUAAAUUAGUUUGAUAGUUAUUUGAGAAAUAACUGUCCCACUAUUAAAUUUUUAAAUUCGUAAGUUGGGCAACCAGUUCGUGAAUGUCCUUGAAAGUCUAUUUACAAACGACAAUAACCUGAAAACCACACCAAAAUAAACUGUGCUCUCCGGUUUAAUAUUUGAUUGUGGGACGUGUUAAUUAAAGACACCAUUUGUUAUACUUCUUAGCACACAGAGGAAUAGGAGAUGCAUUAGAUUAGAUUUAUCACAGCUUUGAUAACACCCAUCACACGAUAAAAAAUCGUGCGUUUUCUCAGAAUUUAGAAACAUUUGAGCGAUUCAGUUUUUAAUUGAAAGAUCUGCUACCACGCUCAAGCGCGCAUCAACGAGUCUCAAUAAAAAGCCAAAAGUCUGCUAUAAAAAGCCAAAACUAAUCCUUCCAACUUUAAAAAUGAACUACGGAAUUUAUAAUUAUAAGUUAAUACACGCACUAAACAUAUCGUUAGACCAUCUGUUGACUAUGCUUUUCACGUUGGCUUUCGGAAACCGUGAAUGAUCGCAUUGAUUUUAAAUUUGAUUUGAGAUUUUAUAAUUUUGAUUCUGGGAGAAAUGCAAGUUUAAGAUAUUUUCUUCUGAUGCUUACAGCUACAAUUAUGAACAAUCAGUGAGUACUGUACUUUGUUUUGUUUUGUACGACGUAUCGCUACGAAGCGACAGGAGCUCCGGAUGUUCUUUUGAUGUCCAGAGUAGAAAUUGUUGACGAUCAGCCGGUGUUGUGUUGUAAGGUAGUUUAUAUUUGAAAAGUUGUAAGACAACAACUUUUCCAGUGAGAAGAAACGUUAAAUUCGCAAAAAAAAAUCAAUUAUAGGGUAAAAUGUCCAAAUUACAGCACAAUGUAAACAUUUUGCUAUGAAAUUUCAUCGGGAGAACCUACCUUACAGUCCUAUGAUUUGACUACAUGCAUUGGAAAUGCUAUGGAAAGUAAAAUUAGAUGAUUUUUAUUAUUUAGUUUCCUAUUAAGAAAAAAGUAAA